CGCCCCUCGCCCUUCCGCGUCGCGCGCGGACGAACGCGAACGCGUUCGCGCGAUAUGUCCGCGCUCGAUGUCUGCGUCGCCGCGUGCGGCGCCGCCGCGGACGCGACGUGCGCGACGGCUUGCUUCACCGCGUCCGGCUGGGAGAUUCCCGCCGAACCGUUCCUCCCGAGGACGCCGAGCCUGAUCCUGGGGUGCUGCCUCAUCCUGCUCUCCGCCCUGUUCAGCGGCCUCACGCUCGGGCUGAUGUCGCUCGAUCCCGUGGGGCUGGAGAUCAUCGCCGAGGGCGGCGACGCCGAGGAGCGCGAGUACGCGAAGCAAAUCAUUCCGGUGAGGAAAAACGGAAACCUGUUGCUGUGCACGCUGCUGCUCGGAAACACGGCGGUGAACUCCAUGAUAUCGAUUUUGAUGGCGAGCGUGACGAAUGGGAUCAUGGGCUUGUUGGUGUCGACGCUGAGCAUCGUGAUUUUGGGGGAGAUUACGCCGCAGGCGCUGUGCUCGCGGCACGGGUUGUACAUCGGGGCGAAGACGAUUUGGAUCAUGAAGUUUUUCAUAAUGUUACUGUUCGUCGUCGCGUGGCCGAUAUCGCUCGUGCUCGAUCGCAUACUCGGGGUCGACAUAGGGACCUUUCACACGACGGAGGAGUUGAAGCACUUGGUGCGCGUGCACGUGGAGAAGCCGCAAGGCCAGGAGGAAUCGGGGUUGAAUCAACAAGACGCCACGAUGCUCACGGGGGUUUUGGAGUACAAGCACAUGACGGUGGCGGACGUGAUGACGGAUCUAGACAAGGUUUACAUGAUUGAACUGAACACGAAAAUGUCUUUCGCCGUGUUGAUGGAUAUUUACAAGAGCGGGUUCACACGCAUUCCCGUGUACGAGGGCACUCGCUCAAACAUCGUGGGGAUUUUGUUCACGAAAGAUUUGAUUCUCAUCGACCCAGACGAUGAAAUCGAAUUGUCCGCAAUCUUAGCGUUCCACGGCGGUAAGAAUGGUGGGUACAUUCGCUAUGUUAGCGAUAACACGACUUUGGACAAGGUGUUCCUCGAGUUCAAGACGGCUCGCAUGCACUUGCUAUGCGCGCACUCCGAAGACGGGCCGCCGCGCAAGGAUGGAUCAAACGCUCAAGUCACGGGUAUAAUCACGCUCGAAGAUGUGCUCGAAGCGCUCAUCAAGGACGAAAUUAUCGACGAGACGGACAACUUGAUUGACGUAAACGAGCCAACGUCAAUCGUGGAAAGGCGAGUGACGUUUCGCGGCGCCGAUCCGACCAAGUUUAUGAGCGUCUUCGAACACAAGAUGAACGAAGAAGAGAAACUCGGCGAGAAUGAAGUGAGUGCGAUCGUCGCGUUCUUAUCGUCGAACGUGGCGGAGUUUAAAACUCUCGGCGAAUACCACAAAGUGCUGCGCAAACUCAUCGAAACAUCAAAUGUCGUAGAAAACGAUGACACGAGCAGUAGCGAUAGCGAAAAUAACCUCUUGUACAGAGCUGGAGAGCCAUCAGACGUUUUUACGCUCGUCCUUCAAGGUCAAGUCAAAAUCUUCGCCGGCUCCGAAGACUUUGAGUCUGAGCUCGGUCCUUGGUCGUACAUAGGACAAAAUGCGCUCAUCACAGACCCGUACGUUCCUGAUUUCCGCGCGUACAGUUGCGGUGGAACGAGGGUGUUGAAGAUUGCUCGUGCGGACUAUAAAGCCGCGCUGGCGAGCGCGGCGGUGAAAGCCAUGGGCGCGGGCGCGAAGAAAAGAGUGCAGCUCGUGGGAUCGAAAAGCUUUUCCGAGACCGAGCGCUGA